UCAAAUUUUUGCUUUCCACAACAACAAAUGCGAGCGGCCGUGUUGCUGCUCGUUGCAGCGGUCGUCGCCUUGGCUGCAGCUGGGUCGCCCUUCAUCACUGUCGGAGACCACUUCCAGUUUGUGGCUCCGGAUGGCCGCACCCGCAUCUUCCACGGUGUGAAUGUCGUGUACAAGAUCUUCCCGUACUACCCUUCGCAAGGCGCCUUCGAUCCAGUCACGUCCUUCAACGACCAGGACAUUGACAACAUUGUCAACUGGGGCUUCACCUUUGUGCGCCUGGGUGUUCUUUGGGCGGGCGUGGAACCGGCGCCAGCGCAAUACAACCAGACGUACCUCGGCGAGCUGCGAUCCAUUGUCGACAAGCUGUACGCGCGUGGCAUCUACACUCUGCUUGACAACCACCAGGACGUCUUGUCGCCCAAGUACUGCGGCGAGGGCGUGGCCGACCACCUGGUCCAUCCCAACAAGUACCAGGGGACUUUUCCCUUCCCUGUCACAAACAAGCCCGCGAUUGACCCCACCACUGGCUAUCCACUGCUCGCCGACUGCCUCAAGAUCAACUUUGCCGACUACUACUUUGCCGUGGAAGUGGGCGAAGCCUUCCAGGCCUUCUACGACAACACGGACAGUCUCGGCGACAAGUUUGCCGCCUUUUGGCAGAAUGUCACUGGCGCCUUCAGCGAUCAUCCGGGCGUGAUUGGCUUUGAGCUCUGGAACGAACCAUGGAACGGCGAUGUCGUGGCCAACCCUCUGUUGCUCGAGCCUGGUCACGCGGAUGCCAAAAACCUGGCUCCGCUGUGGGAGAAGCUCCACACGGCCAUCCGUCAAGUCGAUACAGAGCACCUUGUCUUUUACGAGAAUGUCCAGUCUGAUGCGUUCUUCCAAAGUGGCUUUACUCAAGCUCCAGGUGGUGCCGCCUGGGCGAACAAGACCGUGUUCAGCUACCACGUGUACUGCCCCGACCAAAACGGACAUGGCGAUCCGGCCAACCCCGACGUCUGCUUUGCGUUCGACUCUGCCAAGAUUGUCGAGUCGGUGCACGACGCACAGCGGCUGAAGGGAGGCAUGUUCCUGACCGAGUUUGGUGCUGUUGCCGGCGACGCGGCCGGUGUGGACGAAAUUUCGCGCGUGACCAACAUUGCCGACAGCAACCUGCAAUCGUGGAGCUACUGGCAGUACAAGUACUUUAACGAUGUCACGACGCAAUCGUCGGUCGAGUCGCUCUUCCUUGCGAACGGCACGGUCGACGCGGGCAAGAUCCAGGCCCUCACCCGCACCUAUGCUCUCGCCGUCCAGGGCAAGCCCACCCGCAUGAACUUUGAGCCCACUUCGGCCAGCUUUGACUUUUCGUUCAAUCUGGACAAGUCGGUGUCCAACAACACUGAAAUAUACGCCAGCACCCAGUACUGGUACCCGAAGGGCGUCAACAUUGAAAUCUUCCCGGCUGGAGCGGCCACCGCCAACUACGUUCCUGCCAACAAUCGCAUUUGGAUUGUGCCUGCCGCCAACACCCCAACCAACCAGACCAUCCGCGUUGUUGUGACCAAAAAGUACUAAGUGUUUUUGUUGCUUCUGCGUGCAGUGCAGUGUUGGUGACGGCAAAUCCAAACAUACAGAAUACGCACAAUUGUGUAAUGUG